AAAAAAAAAAAAAAAAAAAAAAAUUUUCAUUUUUUCAAAUCGUUUUUUUCAUCAAACUUAAAAAAACGUUUCAGGCAUGGUUGUAGCAACGCUUAGUGCAGCUACUGGUAUUCCAGAACAAAACCUUACCUUAGUACUUAGUAUUUUAUUCGGUUAUCUGGUAGCUAUUAUCUAUCGUAUUGCACUACUUCGUCCUUUAAAAACAGUAUGGGCUCCUUUUAUUCGUAAUCUUUUUGUGGCUAUCUCUGGUCUUUCCAUUUCUUAUUUUUUCAACGGAAGUGACAUCAAACAUUCUUUAAUAACUACUAUUGUAACUUGGUUCCUUUGUUAUUUUGGGGAUUUAAUUGGAAAUAGAAAGCUUGCUUGUGCUUUAUCAUUUGUCUUUAAUUUUUCUUAUCUUAUUGUUGGAUAUUACGUUACCGCAACCGAUGAAUACGAUAUCGAUUGGACAAUGCCGCAAUGUGUUCUAUGUUUAAGAAUGAUCGGUUUUUCAAUGGAUUUUAUGGAUGGAGCAAAAUCUUCAAAAUCAUCUGUACCUGUUAAUUCCGAAAAAAAGACAGAUGAUAAUAAAAAGGUUGAUUCACAGUCUGAUGCUUUGGCAACACGUCCCCCAAAGCAACCUAUUUCAUUUGAAAAAAACAUCCAACUACAAACUUUACCUCCUUUAAUUGAAACCAUCGGUUAUGCGUAUUUCUUUGGUGCUUUCUUGAUCGGGCCACAAUUUUCUUUUAAUCUGUAUCGUAAAUUUAUUACCAUGAAUUUAUUUCCCGACCCAAAGAAUAUUCCAACUGGAUCUUAUAGAUAUGCGUUGAAAAGUUUCCUUAUUGGAGCUUUGUAUUUAGGCGUACAACAGAUUGCUGUAGGGUUUUUCCCCAUGUCAUAUAUAUUGACCAAAGAAUAUGCGGCCAAAUCAUUAAUUCAAAGAUUAGCUUAUAUGUGGAUGGCAGGAAAAUUCUCCUUUACGAAGUAUCUGGGAAUUUGGACUUUAGCUGAAGGAGCAUGUAUUUUAUCUUGUAUCUCCCUCAAUGGUUAUGACGCUAAUGGGAAUCCAGAAUGGAAUGGUUUAGCUAAUGUUGACAAGAUAAAAUUCGAAUUUGCCACAUCUCUUAAUCAAAUUGUUGGAGCAUUUAAUACAAAUACAAAUAUAUGGACCAAGAUAUAUAUCUUUAAACGGCUUAUUUUCCUUGGAAAUAAAAAUCUUUCAUCACUUGGUGCAUUAUUAUUCCUCGCUUUAUGGCAUGGAGUUUAUUCGGGAUAUUUUAUAUGUUUCUCUCUUGAAUAUGUAGAUAUUGAAACAGAGAAAAGGUGGGUGAAACGAUUAGAACCAUACACUAAACCAUUGUAUGAUUCAAAGAAUGAACUUAAAUAUAAGACCAUAAGGGGAUUACAUAAAUUUGCAUGUUGGUUUGGACAGACUUGCGGAUUACAUUACGCUAUGAUAUCAUUUGAAUUACUGAAAUGGGACAAGGUUGUUACUGCAUAUAAUUCAGUAUAUUGGAUCGGACAUAUUGUAGUAUUUACCUUACUUUUCGCAGAUAUGAUUUUACCAAAAAGAAGAACAAAAAAGACUGAAAAGAUUAUUUCGCUGGAUGAAAAAGUAAAUAAUAAUGUCAACAAUGGUUACGUUAAUGGUACCACAAAAGUCAAAGAACAGUAAAUAUAAUGGGAAGGAUUUGGGGUAUUGCUUCAAUUUUCCUGAUAUAUUCAUAGUUUAUAUAUAUAUAUAUAUAUAUAUAUA